GUUGCCGUACUGAUCACACUAUAACGGUUUGUAGUCUUACUAUCCGGCUUCAGUGGCAGCUGAUUGCAACACUGUACCCAAACUGUUUCGAUUUCUCUUCUUUUUUAUUCAGUUAUUUUUUGUUCUCAACAAAUGAUCGUUGUCAAGGGAGAAGCAACCAAACAACACAGAGAUCUUGAAGAAGCCGGCAGUGUUAAUGCCUAUUAUCUCCACUGUGAAUGCAUAUCCCAGGUGAAGGGGAGAUAGCGUCACACAUUAGAGGUUUACAUAUACUGGAGAACCACUCCAAUUGGGAUGGAACUUGGGUUCAGACUGUCAACUGACACGUUGUGGUGGUAAUAUGGAGAGGGCCUAUUAAUGGAACAACUUGAGAAGAAGAUAUUGUUUUGUUUGUUAAGCUCGGGGGAGGAAGAUGGACCUGGGGAGAGAGGCUUGCUCCAUACGUGGAAGGGCUAUUCCUGUUCAGUAACACCACAAAGAGUGCUCGGGCUCGGGUCAAAGACUGUCCUACAAGCUGCUCUGGGUACACGACACGGAGUUCUUCUUACAGAAGGUGGCGAAGUUUACAGCUUUGGAGAGUUGCCGUGGAGACAGGGUUCAGCCAAUCCUGCUCCUGUUCCCAUCUUGGAGCAGGCUCUGAUUGGACAGCGGGUUGUUGCUGUUGCUGCUGGGAGCUUCCACAGCGGGGCGAUCUCUGAAGAUGGCACAGCGUAUAUGUGGGGUGAGAACUCCUCUGGCCAGUGCGGCGUGGCAAGUAAAAACCUGGUCCCAGACCCCAUUGCGAUCAGCAUUGCAGACCCAGAGACAAGCCCGCCUCAACAGAUCCGGAUUAAACAGUUAGCGUGUGGGGAGCAGCACACAAUAGCUCUGUCUGUUCACAGUGAGGUCUGGGCUUGGGGAAGUGGCUGCCAGCUAGGCCUCGUCACCAGUGUUUUCCCAGUAUCCAAGCCCCAGAAGGUGGAACAUUUAGCAGGCCGACGCGUGCUUCAAAUAGCCUGUGGGGCCUUCCACAGCCUGGCACUCGUCCAGCGGCUCCCCCCACAGGAGGCCAAGCUCACCCCAGACAAAUGCAACCACUGUAAUCAGCUGCUGAUCACCAUGACUGACAAGGAGGAUCACGUCGUCAUCUCGGACAGCCACUACUGCCCGCUGGGCGUGGAGCUGACAGACUCUGAGCAAAGACAGGGAUCUCCCUUGCAGAAACUUAGACGGUCCCCCUCAGAACCUUCACUGGGCAGCACUGUUACAGAGCCCAGCGGUAAAGACUCUCCUACGGUGGUCCACAGGGAUGAGAAAGACCCGGGCCCCACUGAACUUGCUCCUGAGGAGAUGAGUGAACACUCAGAUAGGUGGGAUCUGAAAGAAUCGGAUCCCGAGGCCAACGGGGCAGGGGCCAACCAGCGGGUGAAGAAUUCACCUUACCCCGAUGAGCAGGUAGUCAAAGAGUACCUCAAGAGACUGUCGGACCAUUCCCUGGCUGAGCAAACAACUAAAAAUGCACAGGGUCCACAGGCUCCGGAUGAGCCGGUAGAUGAUGACCCUGUGCCUCCACCAACUACAGUGUCCUCCGCUCUGAACAGCCUGGUGGUCUCGUGUGCCUCCACCAUGGGAGAGAAGGUAGUCUCCACCUAUGAGGCUCUGUCCCUGAAGAAGGUGAUGAGCUAUUACUACCCUCCCCCAGGGGUUUGCCCAGUCCCUGCAGAGGGGCUGAAGGAGACCCGCGAGGGGCAGGUCCGACUGGAGGAGUCCAUGCAGGGCAAGAAGAGCUCCAGCCUCGGGGACAUCCGAGAGGAGGAGGCUGAGGGGGUCAUCCGCAGGCUCUCCCUGCCAGGCCUGCUUUCUCAAGUUUCUCCAAGACUUCUUCGGAAGGCAAGCCGACAACGAAUGCGGACUGUGGUUCUGACCCCCCCGUUUGGCAGUGAGGCUGAUGCCUACCUCCCCUCCUUACAGACCGAGGUGUGGAGCUGGGGCAGAGGCAAGGAGGGGCAGCUGGGCCAUGGGGACAUUCUCCCCAGGUUGCAGCCUUUGUGUAUCAAGAGUUUGAGCAGCAAAGAGGUGAUUCAGGUGGCAUCAGGGGCACAUCAUUCACUGGCUCUGACUGCCCAGUCACAGGUGUUUUCAUGGGGUAGCAACAACUCUGGACAGCUUGGGCACAUGGAGUUACCCAGCACAAUGCCACGACUGGCCAAGAUGUCCGAGGGUAUACGUGUGUGGGACAUCGCUGCUGGACAGGAGCACACCCUCUUAUUAGCAGAUGGAGAUUGCUUCCAGCCCAUACUGUACUACAGCGGCAAGCAGGUUACACAGGAGGGAAGCAGUCCACAGACAAACGGGGUGUACACCCAGCAACCUGUACUGCUGCCUUUCUGCAUGAAUCUGGACUAUGUCAGCAGUGUGUUUUCAGGGGGGCAGAGCUGCCUGGUGCUCGCAGACAAGAACGUCAUGGGCUACAUCUCCAGCCUCCAUGAGCUGGCAUCGGCAGAGAGGAAAUUCUACUGCAGGCUGAGCAGCAUCAAGUCUCAGAUUCUGCGUCCACUGCUGGGGCUCGAGAACCUGUGCACAGCUCUUGGUACUGCCUCUAGCCUGCUGCUGCAGACCAUGGCUAGCCGGUUCAGCAAACUCUGUUACCUGACUGGUCAGCAUGUAGCCUCUCUCAACUUGUUUCUCCACAGUACCAAGGAGGUGAAGGGCCUGGGGAUGCUGGAGCACUCUGUGAUAUUUGUGGACAUUUACAAAGAGUACUGGAAGACUGUGGGGGAUUUCCUGGUGAUGGGGGGAUUUCAGGCCCUGGUUAAGCCCUCACUUGAUUUCUUUGGCAAAAGCCCGGAGCUCUUGCAGAGACUGGCAGAAACGAAUGAUGAAAGUGUGCCAUUAUCGGACUUGCUGCUUACCUUGUUCGACCUGCCAGUAAGACAUCUGCAUGAGUAUGGCAGGGUGCUUCUCAAGCUGGCUACCUGCUUUGAAGUGUCUACUGCAGAUUAUCAGAAGCUUCAGGAUGGCAGUUCAAAGUAUGAAGCCCUUGCCAUACAUCUGAAGAGGAAAAGGAAAGAGGCUGAGUAUACAUACCACUUCUGGAAGAGGUUCCCUGGGAAAAUGACGGAUUCUUUGAGGAAGCCCUCUCGACGCCUCAUCUGUGAGAGCAGUAACAAAGCACUGACACUGCAGAGCGCAGGGAGAUUCUCUGUCAACUGGUUCAUCCUUUUCAAUGAUGCUCUGGUUCACGCACAGUUUUCAACCCACCAUAUAUUCCCUCUGUCCACUCUUUGGGUUGAACCCAUCUCUGAAGAAACCAGUGGAGUGUAUGGGCUGAAAAUCACCUCGCCAGAAGAACAGUUUUCUCUGUUGGCUUCGUCCCCCGUGGAAAAGGCUAAGUGGCUGAGAGCAAUCAACCAGGCAGUGGACCAGGAUCUGAAUGGUUGUCCAGAUUUACCGAUGCCUGGCUCUGGGAGUGUUCAGAGACCAGAGCCCCCAAUCUCCAGGACAGCCAAAUACACCUUUUACAAGGACAGUCGGCUCAAGGAGGCUACCUAUGAAGGACGGUGGCUAGCUGGAAAGCCCAAUGGAAAGGGUGUGCUAAAAUGGCAGGAUGGCAGGAUGUACACUGGAACGUUCAAGAAUGGUUUAGAAGAUGGUUUUGGGGAGUAUAUUGUACCAAACAAGGCACUGGAUAAGGAAGAUCAUUACCAAGGCCACUGGAAAGAAGGAAAAAUGCAUGGAUAUGGUACUUACAAAUACUCUACAGGAGAGGUGUACGAGGGCUCGUUUCAGGACAACAUGCGGCACGGCCAUGGCAUUCUCCGCAGUGGCAAGCUGACAUCAUCCUCUCCCAGCAUGUUCAUUGGGCAGUGGGUACAGGACAAGAAGACAGGUUACGGAGUGUUUGACGACAUCACCAGGGGUGAGAAAUACAUGGGGAUGUGGCAAGAUGACCUCCGCCAUGGAAAUGGAGUCAUUGUCACCCAGUUUGGACUGUACUACGAAGGUGCCUUCAGCAGCAAUAAAAUGAUUGGUUCUGGGGUUCUCCUCUCUGAAGACGACACCCGCUACGAGGGAGAGUUUAUAGAUGACUGGACUCUCAACGGAAAGGGAACUCUGACCAUGCCCAAUGGAGAUUACUUUGAGGGAACCUUUAGCGGCGAGUGGGGCACGGGGCUGAAAGUGGCCGGCACAUACUUCAAGCCAAACUUGUAUGAUACUGACAAGGAGAAGACAGAGACUCUGAAGCUGGGUGUUCUGGCCAUGGCUCCGGAUGAGAAGUGGAGGACAGUGUUUGACGAGUGCUGGAGUCAAUUAGGAUGUGAGAGCCCCGGGCAGGGAGAGAACUGGAGAGCCUGGGAGAACAUUGCAGUUGCCUUGACGACCAGCAGAAGACAACACAAGGACAGCCCUGAAAUUAUGAGUCGAUCUCACAACAAAACACUGGAGAGCUUGGAAGUUAUUCCUCAGCAUGUUGGCCCUGUGACCCUGGAGAAAUAUGAAAACAUCCGAAAAUAUUUAAUAAAGGCUUGUGACACCCCCCUGCACCCCUUGGGGAAGCUGGUGGAGACGCUGGUGGCUGUCUACAGAAUGACCUAUGUGGGAGUGGGUGCCAACCGGCGCUUACUGGAGCAGGCUGUCAAUGAGAUCCAGUCCUACUUGAAACGGAUCUUCCAGCUAGUCAGGUUCCUUUUCCCAGAUCUCCCAGAAGAGGGCAGUGUGAUCCCACUCCCCAGUGCAGCUUCGCAUGACAAGAGGCCACAUUGUGAAGAGGAAACAGACUCCAGACCAGAAUCAACACAACCUGGCCGCUCGGUGAGCAGCUCGGGCCUGCUCCUCCCGGUGCUGCUGCCCCGCCUGUACCCGCCGCUGUUCACCCUGUACGCGCUGGAGAACGAGCGGGAGGAGGACGUGUACUGGGAGUGCGUACUGAGACUCAACAAGCAGCCCGACCUCACACUGCUCAACUUCCUGGGAGUGCAACAGAAAUUCUGGCCUGUUUGCAUCUCUAAUCUGGGAGAGAACAAAAAGGUACUGCCAAGCACAAAGGACAUCUGCUUUGCUUCAGCUGUGGAAAGUUUACAACAAAUCAGCACAACCUUUACUCCCACUGACAAACUGCAUGUGAUUCAGCAAACGUUUGAGGAGAUCACCCAGGAAGUGCUUUCAGUGCUAAAAAAGGACUUCCUGUGGUCUAUGGACGAUCUGUUCCCUGUGUUCCUGUAUGUGGUUCUACGAGCACGAAUAAGGAAUCUGGGUUCCGAGGUGCACCUCAUUGAAGACUUGAUGGAUCCCAGUGUUCAAAACGGGGAGCAGGGGAUCAUGUUUACAACACUUAAAGCUUCCUAUUAUCAGAUUCAACAUGAGAAGAUCACAUAAGAGACAAAGCUUUGGCCUCAGGAGGGCUAGUAUGAAUCAAAGCAGUCAGAUUACAUGAUACAUGAAGAACUAUAACAGGGUUCAGAAUUAGGAAAGUAUGGUUUCAGUUACUGCAAUACUCAGUGACAUUUUAUUGCAGCGUUUUGAAUGGCAAGUAGUUUAUUGACAUUUCUUCUGUUCUUCACCUAAAUAGGUUACCAGUUCAGUGACCCACUCAAAGAAAAGUUCUUAAAUGUUAUAUCACCCAGGCAACAAGUAGAUUUUGAUGUUUUACAGCAAUUUGAUUGGCAAUGUGUAGCCCAGAUUGAAUAGUACAGUAAAUUAAGUGGUAACUGCCAAUAUUGAUGCAUUAUUUUUUUAAAGCAAAACUUUAAACUGUCUUAAAACUUACCUUUUAACUAGAGAUUUUAUCCUUGACUAAACUGUAUUUAAUUAAACAUACUUAAAAGAC